AUGGUUGGAAAUGAGGAACACGUACGUAUGCUGCUUAAAUAUAAUGCCAAUCCUGGACUUGGCGACACCAAAUAUGGACACCCACUUCUCAAUGCUGCGUCUGGAGGCUGGACGGAGAUUGUUAAGCUGCUCCUUGCUCAUGGAGCCGAAGCAGGAUUGUAUGGAAGCUACUGCUGCUGGGGGUUCCAAUACUACGGGAAGACACACGCCCUUAUAGAAGCAAGCUCUCGUGGCCACCUCGACACCCUAUCUGUUCUCCUUCAAGCAGCCGACCGAGAAUCCUUACACGAAGGGUUCUACGAGGAAGCAUAUUAUGCAGUAUUCUCACAGGAUCAUGCUUCAUGUGCUCUGCUGAUCAAAGUCGCUGCAGAGGAGCGAGGUUUUGCGGCAAUUUCGACCAGAUAUGCGAUGUCAAGUUCCUCACCGAUCGAUGAAGCCAGACAGGCAAGAUUAAAAGGCAUGAUAACCGUGCCAGUCAAGAGAUUGACUGGCCUACGUAAUUAUAUCCAGAUCUCCAAACAUGCCAAAGGCAUUGUCCUCAAACAGGCUACCGAACAGCGUGGAGAGUUCCCUUCUCACCAAAUGGCUUUUAUCGUCUUGAGAACGUUUCCUUCUCCUGUCUUGAGACCGUUUCACCAUAUCAGGGACGAAGAACGCUUGUGUGAUAUUGGUAUGGAUGGUGACUCUGUCGAAGUAACGUUUAAAUUUAAAGCGACUUGCUACUGGGUUGAGGACAGCCUGGGCAUCAAGCGUGCACUUCGACUUAGUGCGCAAGAGGCACAGCAGCACGAAGGACAACGUCUUAUAAGGUAG